AUGACCUUCGAGACAGACAUCGGCGCUCUGAGGGAUCGCAAUCGAGAGCUGACCGAAUCCCUCUCCACGACUCGACAAAGACUGGUAGACAUCACCAACAAUCUCAAUCAGCUCACCGAUUAUGUAGACCAAACCGCCAGACCACAUUCAUACUCGUCGGCCUUGGGAUACACCUCACCCUUUCCUCUCAAUGCGAUUCCUCCCCCAGCUCCCAGGUCGAUCUAUCCCACAGUGGAGAAUGGUGGUUAUCAUUCAGGUCUUUUGUCAGAUCUGUUCGUCGACCACGACCACGAGCCGACGACUUUUGCGCAUCGAGCGACGAGAUCGCCGCCCAGUGUCUCACAGCAAAGAGCCAUUUCGUCUUCCUACUCUGAGGAGAUCACGAAGCCGUUGAAUGACGCCUCGAGCAACUAUCCUGUGGGCAGACCUUCCGAUGCCUGUUUCGACAUCAUCCACCAUGAAGGACUCGUCCGUCAAAUAAUGAUAGAGGAGCUUGCCGAAGAUCCUGCAAACUCGAGGAUGCUACAGUCCCUCGCCUCGUCUGAGAAAUGGGAGCGUCACCGUGACUUCUGCAAUGCCCUCAACGGCUGGGACAAGCUCGGCCCCAUCACUCGGUGGCGGAUCGAGCCAACGGCCAAACACUACAUGCAACUCGCACCGUACUAUCGUCCAAGCCGCCUCCAGAUGACCAGGCACCAUUGGCCGAUUGUCGACUGGUUGCCAUUUCCCAAGAUCCGGGACGCGCUCGUCCUCAAUCCCGAGAGGUACGACUUGAACAAAGUCUGCUCCGAACUGAAUGCGAGCUUCUGUUUAGAGAUGGAGUUUGCAAACGCGUAUCCGGACGCCCAACUAGGCGACAGUGGAAUGGCACUGACCAGAGCGCACGGAACCACAGUGUCCGUAGGGCCUGGUGGACCGACGAGGAGUCCGCCCAACAACAUUUUCAACGACGCACAUUUGAGGCGAAAGCCUCGGAAAGACGACGUGGUGUACAUCCUCAUCCAAGAGUACGUCGACCACAGGACGGGCGCCGAUUCUUCAACGACAACAACGACAGGAGGCCAGAGCCAGCAGCACCGCCAUAUCAAUGAAAACAUCUUGACAUACUUGCUCCUGGCCAUCAGACAGCUCGAACAUCCUUUCAAGCUCCAUUCCAAAUUCUUCGAUCAGUUUCCCGGCCUUCCACGAGAGUACAUGGUCCGCGGUGAAGAGGUUUCCAUCUUUGGUGACUACCGACCCACAAAAGUCUGA